CGUCAGUACGCCUCCCGGAAGCGGGCGCGUACCGAGUGGCGGGUGAAGCCGGUGUCCGAGCGGGAACCGCAGUGUCGCCGCCGCCCGCGGUGGGCGCCGCGCCCUGAGCGCCCGCGGUCCUCACCGCCCGUCCGCCCGCCCCAGCCGCGAUGGAGGCGCCGCCCGCCGCCCGCGUUCCCGCCGAUGGCGCCCUGACGGCAGCCGUGGCCGAAGUGCACUGCCCGGGCCCCGCGCCGCUGCGCCUGCUCGAGUGGAGGGUGGCGGCGGGCGCGACUGUGCGCAUCGGCUCCGUGCUAGCCGUGUGCGAGGCCGUCGCUUCCGCGCAGCCUGCCGGGCCAGCCCCAGCCCGCGCCGCCUCCGGGGGCUGUGUGCGCGCCGCGCGGGCCGAACGCAGACUCAGGUCGGAGCGCGCCGGCGUGGUGCGUGAGCUGUGCGCGCAGCCGGGCCAGGUUGUGGUCCCCGGAGCACUGCUGGUGAGAUUGGAGGGAUGUAGCCACCCUGUUGUCAUGAAGGGCCUGUGCGCUGAAUGUGGCCAAGACCUGACCCAGCUGCAGAGUAAGAAUGGGAAGCAGCAGGUGCCACUGUCCACAGCGACCGUGUCCAUGGUUCACAGUGUGCCAGAGUUGAUGGUGAGCUCCGAGCAAGCUGAACUACUAGGAAGAGAAGACCAGCAACGACUACAUCGAAACAGAAAACUGGUCCUCAUGGUUGAUUUGGACCAGACACUGAUCCACACAACCGAGCAGCACUGUCCCCAGAUGUCAAACAAAGGCAUCUUCCACUUCCAGCUGGGUCGGGGUGAGCCGAUGCUGCACACCCGCCUGAGGCCUCACUGCAAGGACUUCCUGGAGAAGAUUGCCAAGCUGUAUGAGCUGCAUGUCUUCACUUUUGGCAGCCGACUCUAUGCACACACCAUCGCAGGCUUUUUAGACCCCGAGAAGAAGCUUUUUUCUCAUCGAAUAUUGUCACGGGAUGAAUGUAUUGACCCAUUUUCUAAAACAGGAAACCUUAGAAAUCUCUUCCCAUGUGGAGACUCAAUGGUUUGUAUUAUUGAUGAUCGAGAAGAUGUCUGGAAGUUUGCCCCCAACCUGAUAACUGUGAAGAAGUAUGUAUAUUUCCCAGGCACAGGUGAUGUGAACGCACCUCCUGGGUCCCGGGAAUCUCAGACAAGAAAGAAAGUCAACCAUUCUUCUAAAGGUGCCAACAUCUUGGAACAAGGUCCAUCUGUGAAAGACUCUGAGGAAGGCAAACCUGUUCCUGGGGCAGAGCAGAGCAACGGCCUUGGGAAGCCCUUCCGGGAGCUCAAUGGUGGCGAGGCCGUGCUGGGAGUUUCUCCCAGUAAAGCAGAUGAGAGGGACUCCUGCUCCCCCAUCCAGGCCUCCUCUGUCAGCAGCUCCAGUAACCAGGAGCCAGCAAAUGCUUCAGAGCCCCAGAUGUCUUGUGAACAGGCUAGUCGGACCUCACCAGGGGCAAGACCCACUCAGGGCACAUCUGGCCCAGACUUGGAUUUUGACUUGUCCAGUGACAGCGACAGCAGCGAGUCAGAAAGUCAGAAGUCAUCCUCCAGUGCCACCUCUGAUGGGGAAUGUGAGGAGAAGAGAGGCCAGGAAAAGUCUCCAGCUGCCCAAGAUGGAGCUAGAGUCCCACAGCAGGGAGGGCCUCCUGAUGCAAGUAGAGGUAGAUCUGCAGGAGCGGGACCUCCAGGAGAGUCUGGGCCCAGUGUUCAUCUACAUGACAAAGGGCCAGAUCUGGACAUGCAGGAGGAGGGAGAGCGAGAUGGUCUCUGUGGCCUGGGCAAUGGCUGUGCAGACCGGAAGGAGGCUGAGACAGAGUCCCAGAACAGUGAGCAGUCAGGUGUCACUGCAGGCGAGUCCCUGGACCAGAGC